AUGCUUCGUGGUGGACAUGGGCUGAUCAAAUCGACGAUAUCAGGCCACUUGAGAACAUUCACUCAACUUCGGUUCACCGAUAUCAGAGCAUAUAGCUCUGACGACAAACCAACACAUAAUGUAGCCAUUCUCGGCGGAGGCAUUACCGGCCUUGCAUGUGCAUACUACCUUUCUAAAGAGUUACCAAAGGCCAGCAUCACUAUAUUCGAGGCCUCAGACCGUAUUGGAGGAUGGUUGUCUUCUAAGCGUGUUCCCGUGAAAGAUGGCACUGUCCUCUUCGAGGCCGGACCGAGGACUCUUCGGCCCAGUGCCAACGGGGUGCUGUCUUCGAGGCUGCUGCAAGAGCUCGACCUGGCCAAGGAUGCGAUAUUCGCACAGAACACGUCUCCGGGCGCACGCAACCGCUACGUCUACUAUCCUGACCACCUCGUUCGGAUGCCACAUCCCUCUUUCGGCAUAGCGGACAACCUCUGGAGCCUGAUGACUGAGCCAGUGUUUGCAGGCACAACGUGGGGUAUCGCCGGCGAGUUUUGGCGGGACGCUCGUGACGAGAAGGUCGAAGACGAGAGCGUUGGUGACUUCUUCUCACGGAGGUUCAGCAAGAACACAGUCGACCGGAUCCUGAGCGCAGUUAUACAUGGCAUAUACGCUGGUGAUGUCUAUCAGCUUUCUGCAAAGAGCCUAUUCCCAGGCCUUUGGCGGGAUGAGGCGGAGUCCGGCGGCAUCUUCAGUGGAUUGAUCCGAACCAGGGCAGAUGGCUUGGAAGUCACGAAGCGAGAAGCGGGUUACUUGCAAGAGAUGAAGAACUACGACUGGGACCCGCUGUUGAAAGCAACACUUAAAGGCACAUCUGUCUUCACGUUCAAGGACGGGCUUGGUAUGCUUGUGGACCGGCUCGCGCGACAUUUGCUGGAGAAAGGCAAUAUAGAGUUCAAGACCUCCACCCCGGUGUCGUAUGUACGGUCAACAGAAGGUCAGACAGGAAUAUCUAUUCAGCCUCAGGAAUCAGAACAGCCGCUUACCUUUACACAUGCGAUAUCCGCCCUCUCACCUUACCAUCUGAACCGUGUUGCAGCGCAGGCAUUCGAUCCAGGGAGGUCAGACCCGCCACCUCUAAUUCCCGCCAUUCCAUCGGUCACCGUCAUGACAGUGAACCUCUACUACCGCACCCCAGGUCUCAACCCGCCGGGGUUUGGCUAUGUUAUACCUCAAGCUACGCCAUUUGAGAACAAUCCAGAACGUGCGCUGGGCGUUGUGUUUGACACCGGCUAUGCGCCGUCGCCAACUGACCUGGAUCUCAAACGUGGCACUAAACUGACCGUUAUGCUUGGCGGUCAUUGGUGGAACGGUUGGCCAUCAUUCCCAGACGAGAAAGAGGGUCUGGCACUGGCACAGUCAGUUGUACAGCGACACCUGGGGAUCACUGAACAGCCGGAAGCAUGGCAGGUCAACAUGCAGAAGGACUGCAUCUCUCAGUAUACGGUUGGACAUGAAAAGAAGCUAAAGACAGCACACAGUAACUUGUUGCGUGAGUACAAGGGACGAUUACGGGUAGCAGGUAGCUGGAUGUCAGGUGUAGGGGUCAACGACUGCUUGAGAUCGGCGUGGGAUGCUGCACGUAGUCUUAAGGAAGGACGAGAGGGAACUGGCCUAGAGCAUAUCGGAACGAAGGACUAUGUUCGGAUAAAGCCUAUAAGACCGGGACAGGCACAGGAAAAGUAG